AUGGCGGUUGCGGAUUUGACACCAAGCACUUUGCCAAGCACUGAAGCCACUCCAAGCAGAAGCGACCCAGACGCCACGGUUGAAUUUCCAAAAGCAGUAGACUUCGGUGAGCCCCAGGCGGAAAGCACAAAUGUAAUAGACAUACAUCCCAGUGCAGAUGAACCUGGUGAACCUGAUGAUGAAGAUGCAUUAUGUGAAUUUAGCUUGUGGGCAGCUCCGCGUUGGCAUCUUCUCCGCGAGUUGUUGAUGGACGAAGAUCUCAACAAUACUGCGCUGGGUGGUUUCACUGUGGGGAAGUUUCAGGUGGGUGGAUUAGCGCGACGCUGUAUCACAUCCAGAGAUUGGGCUCGCUCUAUCAAUCUUCUUGGCUUUCCCGGUGAUGGUAUGGCAGUGUUCCGAGCUAUCGCACAGGAGUGCUGCAGCGAAGAACAGGAGAACCAACUGAGGGCGGCUGGUGUCGACUUCAGUGACGUCAUUACGCUAGCGCAAUUGCGGCGUUUUGAGGCACAGAAGACCACCGAGGGACUCAUCUUGACGGUGCGGGAUGAAGGAUCUCCCGCCUGGCAAUUUGCUCAAUUCCUGAGGAGGAGACGACAAAAUUUGUUGAGGGCCUGGCGAUUGGACCUAGACAAGGAUGACAGCGGAACCGUUACAUUUGUUGAAUUUUCGAAUCAAUGCCGACAGCUAGGUUUCCAGGGCCGAGUGCGUCAAAUUUGGUCAUCACUUCGGCCACUUGAUGACCGUGCUUUAGAGUUUGCUGAGCUGGCUCCAACUGAAGCUGAGCACCUGGAGAAAUUUGCAGACUUGAUUUGGAAUGUCUCCGGCUAUGACUUGGAUAAGGCCUGGGGGUUGUUCGACUAUGACAAGAAGAACAAACUCACCAAGGCAGAUUUCAUCCAAAGCUCAGAACAUUUGGGUUACAAGGGAAAUGCGGAAAUGUUGUUCAAAGGGUUGGACCGCGAAGGCUUAGGUUGGAUUUGGCGGGCUGACUUUGAUUACAUCCCCAAGGUUUCCCGAAAUGCUCGGGAAAGGCUCAAAGAGACUGAAGGACCUUUGGCCAGCUUGGUCAGCUUCGCUCGCUACCAGAUGGGUGGCUCUGAGGAGCUAGUUGCAAAGCUUGGGCUUGGCGGUGGUACAUCAGAGGUGACUGUUUGCGACCUUGCCGCAAGAUUGACAGCAUUGGGCUUUGAUGGUGACGCCCAGCAUGCAGCUGUACAAGCUGCUAGAUGCGACCGUGGCAUUGGCACCAAGAUUUCAGCCCAAAAGCUGCUGAAAGUGUUGACAACAAAUACGAAACAACCUGUCGUCGAUCAGGGAGGCGCAAGAUGUGCUGCUAUGGCGUUGUCUCCGACGUGCUUCCUUCGAAAGAAGUCCAGUGCUCUUCCGAAGCAGGCAGCGGCCAAGAGGAAGGUAAAGAAAGUACCGACGCAACCCUGGAACAGCACUGUUGAGAACCUGUGCAACUCGUCCAAACUUCAUCCCAGUUUGCGGUUUUACUUCAACGACUUUGACCCGCAGCACCAGGAGCAAAAACAGGAAGCUGUGCGGGCAAUGAAGGAAGCUGCAAAGACUUCUUCCAGGUUCUCACCACCAGCAAGGAGGAGCUCGCAGUCCAGCGUCAGGUCAUCACGAAGUCUAACUGGUUCGCUGCGACCUUCCUGGCAGAGCGGCCAUCAAGCGGAAAGUGGAGAUACGCCCAAACCACUCAGGAGAUAUUUCGGGGAGCAUGCGCAGCACAAACCUGUACGGGAAGAAGUGCACAACAUCCUGCGCAGCCGAGUUGCUGCAACGAACUCAUUGACUCCAACAGGCGAUGUGGAUCAGAGGUCGCCAGCCGCAUGGUUGCAGCCUAGAUGUAGCCAGGUCAUCCCAAGUCUAGCCAGGUGCUGCACCAUCGAGCACCAUGGUGCCUCCAACUAUGGAUAG